CACCACAGUCCCCUUGAGUGACUCUCUAUAUAUACACUGUAUAUCCCUCACAUUCUAUCUCCCCGUUCAUAUUUUAAAUCAUUGUAAUCUUAGCAGACAUUUUCGCACAUCGUAUUCCUCAUCUCUGCCUCUCCUUCUCUGUCUGUCCCCGGUGCGCGUCAGAAUUGCGCAAGCAGCCUCUCCGCCUCUCGGUGUAGUACAGCGCGGCUCCGUCUCUCCCCAUUCACCACACUUUACUAUCACACUCAGACGGAGCGCGGACAGGGCUGCUGUUCUCCUUCUUUCUCUGUGGAUCAUUAUCACUGUGUUUUUCAUCAUGCUGGAAGUGGAAGUGAACGGGACGCCGGCCAGUCAGCUUUCCACUCCUCAUUCGGGGAAAUCUCCCAGCCCCUCCCCAACCAGCCCAGGCAGCCUCAACCAACGCCGGGGCUCCCAGGGUUCUUCCACCUCUCUGUCUUCCGCUAAAGUUUCCAGCUCAGUGGACGACGGGGAUGGACUUGUUACUGAAGCUGAGGUUCUGGUCGAUGAGGUUCCCGCUGUGCCGUCCUAUAUAUCAGAUCGCUACAAGGUGGGACGCAUGUUGGGCGACGGAAACUUCGCAGUCGUCCGGGAAUGUGUGGAGCACACCACAGGACGGGAGUACGCUCUGAAGAUCAUCAACAAGGGCAAAUGCAGAGGCAAGGAGCACAUGAUCCAGAACGAGGUAGCCAUCCUCCGCAGGGUAAAACAUCCAAACAUCGUCCUGCUCAUAGAGGAGGUGGACACUUACAACGAACUCUAUCUGGUCAUGGAGCUGGUCAAGGGGGGAGAUCUUUUCGAUGCCAUCACCUCUGCCAACAGAUACACAGAGAGAGACGCCAGCGGCAUGCUCUACAACCUGGCAAACGCCAUCAAAUACCUCCACAGCCUCAACAUUGUGCACAGAGACAUCAAACCGGAGAAUCUGCUGGUGUACGAGCAUGCAGACGGCAGCAAAAGCUUGAAACUGGGAGACUUUGGUUUGGCGACUGUAGUGGACGGACCUCUCUACACUGUCUGCGGCACCCCGACAUAUGUAGCACCUGAAAUAAUCGCAGAAACAGGGUAUGGCCUCAAGGUGGACAUCUGGGCAGCUGGAGUCAUCACCUACAUCCUGCUGUGUGGUUUCCCACCUUUUCGAGGGAGCAGUGACGAUCAAGAAGUGCUUUUUGAUCAGAUACUAAUGGGACAGCUAGAAUUUCCUCUACCGUACUGGGACAACGUGUCAGAGACAGCCAAGGAGCUGAUUCGAUCCAUGUUGGAGGUGGAGGUGGAUCAGAGAUACACUGCCCUCCAGGUGCUCGAGCACCCAUGGGUCACUGAUGAGGGUCUGUGUGAGAACGAUCAUCAGCUGUCAGUAGCAGGGAAGAUAAAGAAGCACUUCAACACCAGUCCGAAGGUCAACGACACCACUGCAGGAGUGUCAGUCAUUUCUGCCACCCCUCUUGAUAAGGAGAGGCAGGUUCUCAGACGAGGACGCCACGCGGAUGUGAAGCCACUGUCUUUGCAGAUGCCGACGGUAACAACAGAAACAACAUCAACAACAAAAACACUACGGGCGGAGCCUCCCCGUUGCCUCCCUGGCCUGCCCGUGGCCCCUCCCUCUCUGACCCCUGAAACUUGCUCUGACACUUCCCAGAACCCCAGCCUCCCAUCUGACUCUGAUGACAUCUCCAUCAGCUCAGCCAGUAUCGCCUGCUCCCCCAGCUCACCUUUCUAGACAGGAGGCGGGGGUGGGGGGCGAAGAAGGAGGAGGAAGGGGAAGGAAAAUCCUCAUCCAGCUCCUCCUUCUACAUGGAGGAGGAGGAGGAAGAGGAGAUAUCAGCUUCCCCUCAACCUCUCAUCUAAGGCUGGGGGUGUAAAGGGAAAAACUGCGGAGGGAAAAAUAAAAUAAAAAAUCAGAGAGAACUUUUAGCUUUCCUGAAUCCAUCUUUCCAAACCCCGAAGGAGAGAUCGAUGUAAGGGUGAAUGGAGGGAAAAGAGGGUUAAGAGCUUGGGAUAAAGACUAAAGAGGCAACAAGAAACAGAGAUCAUGAUGAAGAAGGAAAAGGCCAAAUGAGGUGAAAGACUUUUCAUUUAUUUCUUUUGAACGUUCUCUUAUCUGAGCACAUGUUGCAGAGCUCAAGGAGCGAGAAAGGGCGACAGCAUUGGUUACUCUCCAGUGAUGAUCUGGGCUCAACAUGGAAACUUCCUUAUGGUGGAGCGGCUCUACAAGGCAAUAUGAAAAUAUGGACCAAUGUUCAUGUUUUAUUGAACCUUAUUUAUUCAUUGCAUUUUUUAAAUAUGUAUUUCCCGUUUUCAUAAAAGAAGACUUUUGGUUGACUUAUCCAGAAAGCUCGGUGGAAUGGAAUAGAAUAAUGAAACAGUGUGUAGAAGUAGAGCUCAGAAGGUUUGAAGUAGGUUACCGUAGACUAAAGGAACAGCGUAGUUGUGAGGAGUGCCACAGUAUGUAGAGAAAGAAGUGUUUCUUACAGAUGUGUUCACUGAAAAAGAUUCAUGACAAAGACAGCACUUGUGCUAUAAUUCUGUGCUCCACACAGUAUUGGCGUUGCCUUCCUGUAAUGUUGGAUUGCAGUAUUACAGUUUACAUUUACACUGCUAUUAAGACAAUAAUGGUGCAUUCAAUUCCUCCUCGUAAUUUCGUUAAUUGCUUCAUUGAGUGUUGAUACACAAAAUUCAGCAGCAUUCAGGUGCUUGUGUAGCAAAUUCAACAUUUGAACAUGUUUUUCCCGACAUACACACAUUUCCACAGUCAUUCUCUUAUCGACAUCAUGUUAUUCUUAUGUUUUGUGAUGUGUCACGUACACAUGGGAAGCCUUGUUUACAGUUUUUCCAACACUAAAGGCAUAUUUCAUCCACAUAUUCCAGCAGUAAAGAAAAGUUUAAUUGUUGCAGCCCAGGUGUACCACUUAUAUGGGUUGUAUAUGAAUAUGUAUAUGAAUGUGUACUAUUAACAGUUUAUGAGGGCUGCCUAUUUGCACAAAGUACUGCAGUCUAGGUGCAGUCAGACAGGUCGGAUGCCGGAGAACCAGCAGCACAGUUCUAAGUGUGGAGGAGGAUUUAUUUCAGCUCUGUACAACCUCAUUCAUGGCUUCAUUUCUUCAGAUGAAAGCAUGACAGACAUACAGUAGCCUAUUCUUAUAAUAAAAACAGUUUCGUGAUGAAUAUUGUUUAUAUGUUAUGUAAAUAACAUAAUUUUAUUUAUUUUGAUAGUUCACAAUACAGUAUAUUUCUUUACUAGUAGUAAGUCUAUGAGAAGUGUAAAAAAACAAAACAAUCGGUCAUACAUGUGUAUCAGUCAGUCAGCAGAGAAAAAACCUAGAGGAGAUCAUUGGACCUGACGUACCACCUAGAUGAAUCUAUAGACAAAUCUAGAGAAGGGGAAGAGGCCGCCAUCUUUGCUUCUUGUCAGACACUGGGAAUGAUGUCACUUCCUUUGCAAAAGCAGCCAGUAAAGGGAUUUCCAGUGACUGGUGUGAGAUAGAAAAGAGAAGGAGAAGUCAGAGGAGUGAGAGAAAUGCAGAGCGACUUCAGUUCUUUUACAGAUGAUCUCCCUGCAGUCGUCACACUUGUCUGUAACUUUCUGUAUUUAUUCUCAUCGUCACACAUAGACAGUAACGUGCCACCAUAUUGACCUGAUCAGUAUGAAUUUGUUGUGCUGUUGAAAUCCACACUCCCCGGCACAUGGGCACACGUGGUUUACCAAAGUGCUCUCACAGCUGCACCACAGUAUUACAGUCUGUUGCAAUACGAAUACCUGUACCUCUGUUCAACAAUGGUCUAUCAGUAAUAAUGGUAAUAAUUAAAAAUAUGUUUAAAAAAA